AUGUCAGAAUUGCAUUACCCAGCUGAAGAUUUACCAAUACUGAAGAAAGUAUUAGAAGAUUGGGGAUUAACAUGUGUAUAUCAAACUUGUAUUGAUCAACUAAUUGAUAUGAAAAUUCUUCGGCUUUUAAAAACUAGACAUGUUGAUAAAUUAUUAUCAACAUAUCCAUUAGGCAUCCUAGUAAAAUUUGAAUGUGAACUAGACCAAUGGAAAAGCAGUUUAAAUAUUGUUGAUAUAAAUAAAAUAACAGAGUCUGCUGAAACAUCAAUGAACAAACCAAAUUUAGAACCUUACCUUAAAUCGUUUAAAUCAAGCCAAGAAUUAAAAGUUGAUGUAAUUCUAAAUUCAUCAACACAAGGUUCUUUAAUAUUGGACUAUUAUAGACAGAAUAAUAAGCUAAAUGAUGGUAUUAGAUCAACAUUGGUCGACAUACUUAUUGGGCAAGUACUAUCACAGCGCAUACCAAUGUCUGUGAGCUUGGCUGAAUCUAUGGCAGAUCAAAUAGUGGCAAUGUUUAAUUCUGAAAUUAAGGAUACCUAUUUCAUGAAAAUUGGAUGCAAUAAAAACCCAAAAGGCAAAUUGUAUGCCAAGUAUUAUAACUCAAUGAGAAAUCUGAAAAAUACUGGGUUAGUUCAUACUACAACUAAAUCAGAAAAAAAUAAAACGGGCAGCAGAAAUCAAGAGAAAGAGAGUUGGACUGAGAGGAAAUUUGUAUCAGAAAUUGAAAUAGAUUAUAUAUUGGAUGAAUUGAAACAUGACAACAGUCCAUUUCCAGAUAUUGAAAAAAACUGGAAAGCUAGUGUAAACUACCGACUUAAUUACAUUAAAAAUUCAGAGUCAACAGCGAAUAUAUUAAACAAUUGGAAACAAUAUUCAAUUCCUUAUGGCCAUAAACUAAUUGAUAUAGAUUAUCAAGCAUUAUUUCCUAAUGGAGACACUAUAUACAAGAACUUUGAAGAGAAGUCUCCAAAAAUAUUCAAUUUAUUAUUGGAAAAAAUUAAGGAUACAAACUGUCGCAAAAUAUUAGACAAAAUACAAAGUGGUGAUGAAAAUAUUAGCGAAAAUUCAAAAAACGCAGCUUUAAUAUAUUUGUUACAUGCUGUAUUUGCACCGACUUCCAAAAAAAUCACUAAAGAUGAAAAUGGAAAGAAAAAUCUUAUAAAAUAUUCAAUUAAAGACUCCCAGGAUAGUCUCAUAGUUUUUGGCGAAUCAGUAGAGGCCAUGCAGAACCAUUUUCAAAGUCUUAGGUUCCAAGGCAACCCAAUUCAGCCAUUUGUUUUUAUUGUUGGCUCUAUAUUUGAACAGAGAGAAAUUUUGGUUUAUUUUGAUACUAUAAUAUACAAAGUGCAUUCAGUUUUAAGAUCGGUAGAAGUAUGCUACAAGAUAUUUCAUGUUUUCAACUUGGGGUAUCCAACACAGUCUUACAUUGUGUGGUUAUUUAUCCAAAAUCUGUUUUUUGGACUGAGAUCAAAAUUUGAUCAACCACAUCCUAAGCUGGCACAAAUAAUAUUAUCAGAACUUAAAUAA